UAUCCUUCGGUUGAAUCUGUAUUCCAGUCCGGCGCCGGCAUGCAUGGUGGCUCUGUAGCCUUAGGCAACCCCCUGCCAGGGGGUGUGGCGUUUUCCCAGCUUUUAUUAAGAGAGGGAGUCCUUCCCUGGAGGCAACAAUUUUGGUAGCUUCACUUGUGACCGUGUAGUCGGGCUUUCAGGGACACAUCGACCGGCAUCAUGGACGAGGAUCAGCAAGCAGAGCGGUUCGACAUGGAGAAUGACUACGAGGGCGGGCAGUGGAUCGGUGGCGAGUUUUACUAUUCCAAAAAGGUGGAGAAACGGAAACAAACAAAAGAUGAUGUCCUUUACGGCGUCUUUCAGGAGUCUGACUCUGACUCUGGUGGGGGCCGGAAGCGGCGGCGGAGAGACAGGGGCCCAAUUGAGAAGGGCGAUUUUGCAAAGCCUGUGAGCUUUGUGUCUAGCGGCAAGGUGGUUGGCAGCGCCUUGGAUGAUGAGAAAGAAGGAAAAGCGGGGGGUGGCAUUGAGCUUGGAUCAGAGCAGAACGGAAGCAGAGCGGGCUUAGGGUCAGCGCCGGGUGGUUCCGGGUUAGGGUUUCAGAGUGGGGGUUUGGGAUUUCAAAGCGCGGGGCUGGGCGCUAGCAACGGAGGUUUGGGUUUCCAGACAGGCGGUUUGGGUUCUAGCAACGGUGGUUUGGGUUUUCAGUCAGCGGGACCGAGUGGAGCGGAAACUAGGGCGGAUGAUGACGAGGACGAUCUGCUCCCGGGCAUGUUCGGAAAAAGGAUCCAGGAAGCGGCGGAGAAGCGGAAGGAGCGGGAGAGGGAAGAGGCACAGAAGAGCAGGUUUAAAGGGAAGAAAGGGGGGGUGCCUGCCGCCGCUGCCGCUGCGGGGAUUGCGAGUUUUGAAAAGCACACCAAGGGGAUUGGGAUGAAGCUUAUGCAGGGCAUGGGGUAUGUCCCCGGGCAGGGGCUGGGGGCAAAGGGCCAGGGGAUCGCUGCCCCGGUGGAAGCGAAGUUGCGCCCGGGGAAGAACAUGGGGAUGGGGUACAAUGAUUACGAGGAGAAGAAAACGGCACUCCCACCACCACCUGGGAAAGAAGGGGAGAAAGUGGAGGCGGCGGCUGAGCCCGCCAAGCAAGAAAAGCUCUGGAAGGCACGCAACGCCGACAAGCGCAAGAAGAAAGUGUACAAAACCGCGGGCGCACUCAUCGAGGAGCUCCAGCACGCGGGCGCCGCACCCGCCGAACCUACCAAGAUCCUCGACAUGCGCGGGCCGCAAGUGCGCGUGUUGACGAACUUAGAAGCGAUCAACGCGGAGCAAGCCGCCGUAGAAGAAGACACACCGAUGCCGGAGUUGCAGCACAAUCUGAGACUCAUGGUCGACUUGGCCGAAGCGGAGAUUCAGCAGUUUGAUCGGAAGCUGCGGCACGAGAGGGAUACGAUGGCCGUGCUUGCGGGGGAGCAGGAGCGGUUGUUACGGGAAGUGGAUCAUUACAGGGGACAGGUGGAGGGGCUCGAGGGCGUGCUAACAGCGGUUGAGAAGGUCCAGGAGCGGGCGAGCGAGGGGCUCAUGACGCUGCAGGGACUGUCGGACGUGUUUGACUUGCUCCAGCGAAAGCACCACGAAGAGUAUAAGCUGUUCAACCUGGCUGCCGUCGCGCUUAGUCACGUCCUGCCUUUGAUGCAAGCGCACUUUCGCGGCUGGAACCCCUUCCAGAACCCGACACAUGGCACCGCUGAGAUGGCCACGUGGAAGAAGCUGCUCGCGCAGGAGGAGGGGCCACGUGACUACUCCAUCUUUACGGACCUCGACUCGGACAUCGAUCCGUACACCAGGCUGGUACGGGACGUUAUUCUCCCCCCCCUCCGCAGCCUCGUCCUCGCCGCCUGGGAACCCCGCGACCCGGAACCGUUCCUCCGUUUCCUGGAAGCUUGGGACUCUCUUCUCCCGCCCGCAGUCAAGGAGAACAUUUACGACCAGCUGGUGAUGCCCAAGCUGACGUCAGCGGUGGACACGUGGGACCCGCGCCUCGAGACGGUGCCGAUCCACGCGUGGCUGCAUCCGUGGUUGCCGCUGCUCGCGGCGCGCAUGGAGCCGCUGUACCCGCCCAUCAGGUUCAAGCUCGGCGCGGCGCUCCAGGCGUGGGACCCGAGCGACUCGUCCGCGUACGCGCUGCUCCACCCGUGGCAGACCGUCUUCGACGCCGCGUCCUGGGAGCAGCUUCUGGUCCGUUCGAUCGUCCCCAAGCUCAUCGUGGCGCUCCAUACGCUCGUCAUCAACCCGCACGCGCAGCAGCUGGAGCCGUUCCAGUGGUUCAUCCAGUGGGCGGGGGCAGUCCCCGUGCACCACAUGGUCGCGCUGCUCGACGCGCACUUCUUUCCCAAGUGGCAGCAGGUGCUGUACCAGUGGCUGUGCGCGGGGCCCAACUUCGACGAGGUAACUCGGUGGUACCUUGGAUGGAAGGGUCUUUUCCCGGCGGAUCUGCUGGCGAAUUCCCGGGUACAACGCCAGCUUAACGCGGCCCUCGACAUGAUGAACCAGGCAGUAGAGGGCGCUCCCGUCGUCCAACCGGGGGCCCGCGAAAACAUGGCCUACCUAAAAGUCAGCGAAAACCGAAAGUUUGAGCAGCAACAGCACACAGCGCCUUCGGUCACCGGCGUUUCAAAUGGCGGCCAACCGGUCUCUUCCACUGAAAGAGACACUGGGUACGAUCAUGGUUAUGCUACCUUGACUUUGAAAGAGAUUGUGGAGACCACGGCGCAGCAGAGCGACGUGCAAUUUUUACCAAAGGUGGGCAGGCUGAACCAAGGGUUGCAAGUGUACGGGUUUGGGCUGGUUAGUGUUACGAUUGACAAUCAUAACCAAAUGCUCUAUGCUCAAACAGGGGACAAAUGGCUUCCCGUUUCUUUAGAGCAACUUAUCGAACUAAAUAGGACGCGAACACUAGAAAGGAGUCGAUGAGGAAGCUGACCUCACACUUCAGCAAAUGUGGUUAGUCUACCUGCUCAGGAUCCCUCGCACAACUCCAGAUAGGUCUUGAAGGCCUUUUCGGAAAAACGAAUGCUUUUGCAUGGCAACAGACUGCCCAACCCGACAUGGACAUCGCGUUGAUGCAUAGC